AUGGAAGGCCUUUUCUCUUUUCGAAUUCGAGCUUGCACAGUACUCUUCUUCAUCAUAAUUCAUCUUUCUCCUCUCUCUUCCGUCGAAAACAAGUUGUUUUCCAGCUGUGGCAAGUCCUUCAACUGCGCAAACAUAACUGAAAUUACUUAUCCUUUCUGGGGAAAUGAUCGACCGAAGGAAUGCGGUUAUCCUGGAUUCGAGCUUCAAUGUGACGAUCAGGAAAAGACUAUAAUACAGAUUGCGAACAUAAAUUACCUUGUUCUGGAUAUUAAUUUGGAUGCUCAAAUUAUUACAGUUACUAGAAAAGAUCUAGGUAUAGAUGGAAUUUGUCAAUUUAACUCAACUAUAGAUAAUUCCAAUACAUUCGAGUAUGCUUCGAGCUUAGUGAAUUUCACAUUCGAUUACGCGUGCUCGCCUUGGAUCGGAUCGUUCAAUUGUCCGAUAAAUGGAAUGAAUUAUAAGAAUAGUUUUACAAUUGGAGGUGAAGAGGGAGCUGGGACAUGUCAUGCUAGUAUAGUUGUACCAGGUCGAAAGGAGUUACCGUCUGGAGGAAUAAUUCGAGAUUUGGGGGAUUUGAAGCAGUUGCUGGAACAGGGGUUUGAUGUGAAAUGGAAAGUGGAUACUAGUCAUUGUAAGGAAUGUGAAAAGUUUGGGGGACGUUGUGGAUUUGAUGCCGGUGCUAAUGAAUUUAGGUGUUUGUGCCCUGAUGAUCAAUCUUCUUCUUCUUCGUCGUCCAAUAAUGCGUGCACCAAUGGACUUCCUUUCUCUGGAACUGAAAAUAGUAAACCGCUUUCAUCCCUGGCUACACCGCCUGGUACGUUUUUCCGAUUUCCUUCUUAA